UUUUGAAUCAUCCAUAUUAAAAAUGGGCAAAAUCGUUUAUUUAGUCAAUCGAUUCUUGCGAGCGAUUUAGUGUUCACUGGCCGAAUAGCGUGCACUUAUUACCCUUCGUCUUGACGCUUUUCUUCUGUUUUGCACACUUUUAUCCCACGUUUUCAUCACUGCAUGCCCUGGAAACCAUCGCCAUGAGUAACAUGCAAAGCCCAUCUUAUGAAGACAAUGCGUCUGUGGAUCAGCAUCAGCCUGGGAGUGAUGGCCUACAGCCUUCGAACUUGUCAGAGUCUGAGGAGGAAGCUCUUGUGAAUCCCAGGCGUCAACCACGUUCACGGAAGCCAAUAGCUUCACAAACUGCUUUGAAUUCGCCUUCGACAGACUUCUUUCGGUCCCGACGAGCCCUUGCUCCGCACCAGAACCAGCAAUAUCAACAAAUUGCAAGUUAUAUCCAACAGUCGCGACUACAACAGCAUCCAUCUCAAGAGCUUCAACCUCAGCAGCACCCACAUCAACAACUCCGACCGUACGUAGACGCGCGAGUGUAUCAAGAGUAUUGGCAUCGCUCGCCGCUGCAUGACACUAGAGCAUCAGGCACUCGUAAACGAAUGCAACCUGAUUUAAAUGUAGAGGAACUAUCAAGAGCGAAACUUAGAACGAACCUCAAGUCCCGGGAAAAGCAGACGAAGUUUGUCUACACUACAGAGCACGACGCCUUCCUCGCUAACAAGCUUACGGACUAUCGAAUAAACAGGAUUCUACGAGGCACCGGUGGCAGGAAUCAGCCAGGACUAUCCAAAUCAAAGGUCCACCAGCAGAUUGCAAUCGAAUUCAAUGCAAAAUUCGACGCGACCCUUGAGGGAGCCCAGAUCAAGAACAAGAUCGCCAAUAUGCAGAGGCUCUGGAAGGAUACACGCAAGUCGAUCAAUGCUAUUGACAAUGGCGACCUCGACGAAGACGCUUUGAGGGAUCAAGCCCUGAAAAGGUGUUCCUUUUUCUAUAUCAUGGAGCCUAUUUGGGCGACGUCCUGGUCUCAAGCGCCGAGAACAGCUAUUGAGGGCCCAGUCGACUCGACGGAAGAGAUCAUACAGGACGCUGGCGCUGAUGAGGAUAAGGACGAUGAGGAUGAGGAUGAUGUGAUGGACAAAUCGAGGGACGCAGGAGAGGAUUCUGCUGUCACUGCAAGAACUGGAUCGGUAUCAACUGCAAACGGUGGAUCAGAAACCAUAUCGCGAAAUGCAACAAAGACUCAGGCCCAACUCGGCGAGCUUGUUGUGGAUCUUCAGGACGCGAAAAAGAUGGUGGAAUUUUCUAUCAGAGAGCAAGAGGCAACGAAGCGACAUAUCGCUGACCUCAACCACAGCAUGGGGAUCGAAGAGCAAACGACGAGGCGCGAGCUAGAGCGGUUACGUUUGGAGAAAGAGAAAAUAAUCGAAAUGGAGAGGACGAAACAACUGGCGAUCCAGUUGCAGAUUGAACAAACCAAACUUGAGCGCCUGAGAAUGGAGUAUAAAUUGAGAAUGGGACCAAGGAAAACUGCUGGCGAUGGAGCGAGCCCAGCGUCAGGUUGUCAUAGUAUGGAGGAGACGUCAACUGCGUAAGGAACUAUAAAUACAAUGAUAUGUUGGUCGUUUAAUAUAGUGG